AUGACAGUCACAGCGAAAAACAUCAGAACGCAGCAAAUAAAGAUCAAGUCACAUUUGGAUCAGCUCAGCGGGCUCCUCGAAGAGCGCUCGCGUAUCAUUUCCGACUUGAAACUCUCGCCUUCAAAAUCUGAUAACUUGGACUUGAUCAACUUGCUAGCCAAGAUCCAGACCGAGUUGAAGUACCAGCGGCAAGAUAUUUCCUCUGGUUUUGCUGCCGAUUAUGCCUCAGACUUCUCGUCCAUCGUGGACUCCUAUACGCAGCUCUUGGACUCGUUGAAAGAGGACCCUUACGUGGAUACCCAGGAAUAUGUUUUCACAGAAAAAGUGGCUACGGAAGAGCCUGACACCUCUGCUCGCAAGUCCGUACGCUUUAAGGAUUAUGACGGAGACGAUACUGAGGACACCGAGCAUUUGCGAAGCCAACUUAUGGGGACUUCCACUAACUUUAGACCAUAUAGAGAUGAACCAGAUGAAGACGCCGACCGAAACACGCUUCUGUCGGUAGAUACCACCAACCAGGAGCUUUUCGCACAACAUCAACAACAGCUCUUGGAACAAGACCAAAAUCUUGAUCAGCUCCAUGAUCUGGUUCGUGUACAACAUUCCAUGGGCAGGUCCAUCAACGAAGAGCUUGACGAGCAUCUUAUUAUUCUUAAUGAUUUGGAGAGAGGAGUAGACAACUCAAGCACACGUCUUGGACGGGCUUCAAAUAAUAUCCGACAAUUCCAGAGGAAGGUGAGGGAAAACGGCAGUCUUGCUACCAUUAUUGUGUUGACUGUCAUUCUUAUAGUAUUGUUGGUUGUGCUUAAUUAA